GAAGAGGCUUUCUGGUACAUGCAUUUUGAAUAUGAAGGCAAUACCAGUCAGGAAAAGAAACAGAAGAUUGAGUUGCUACAAAUGUACUUCACCUCUCCCAUUCUACUAUAUGUAUUUUUCUAUGAAGUCCUGCUGUAGCUAGUUUGCUUACACACAGUCACCAUGCCUUUGGUACAGUUUUGCUCUGUGUAUCAUUUUGUUGCUGAGUGGUAUAUACCUUAGGAUGACAAGAUGUAACUUGGUAUUCACCAAUGAAGUUGUCACAUUCGUAGCAGCUAGCACUCACCACUGACCUCACCUUUCUCUCCCACCGUCUGUGUGCGGAACACAGGACAGUUGUGUCCAGGGAGAGAAGUACGAAGGUCGCGAUGCCCUUGCAAGAGAGCUGAACAUUCUGGAGUCAGACGACUCCUCGCGGCUCCCCCUGCUGGCAGAAGUGGUGAAGCGCAUGAGCAGCAGUGGGGCCAAGGGUCGGUCGCUAGCAAGUGCAGAGGCGGGAGAUGUUCGCUACAUGGUUCCUAAGGACCUGACAGCUAAGCAAGUAGAGGAUGCGAGAAAGAAAUUCAACAAAUAUGAUGCGGACAAGAAUGGUUACAUAGACAAGGAUGAGAUGAGACAACUGUUUCUGGACAUGUUUCCCCACUUUAACAGGAACAUGUUGGACAGAUAUGUCAAUGAUGAGUUCAGAGCACAGGACAAGGACUUCAGCAACACCAUAGACUUUGAUGAGUUUCUGGGAAUGUACAAGAGAUUAUUUGUGCUGUGCAGGAGUGUGGUAGCCUCUGACGUGUCAGACAUCACCCUGUCCUCCCCCAGGGUCUCUUCCCCAGACAACAAGAGCAGCUUCACCAAGGUGGACAAAAAUGCAGUUGAGGCCAAGAACAGGAAGAACCAGGAAGUGAAGCAGGCCUCGGGACGGUCCACUGACUUCAGGGGGGACGACUUUGAUGAUGAUGAUUUCUUCGACAAACCCGUCCCCUCCGAGAACAAGUUCAAGUUUUCAAGGUGAGGCAAUCUUGGAUAUUCCAGUC